CAAAUCUUAUUUAAGUACCGAAACAAUUCCCUCAACCACUUCAUCCAAAACCUUCAAAUCUCCUUUCGUCUUCUCUGUUGAUUUGUUCUUCCAUUGCCAUUGUUUCAGUUACCAUCUCUUAAAAUGGCACAAAAUAAUGUGGUUGAGUCCCCUCUGGAGAGGAAUACCCUGGCUUCUCUUGACCAAAAGCUGGCUCUGGCCAAGCGCUAUUCUCAUGACGGUGUAAUAGCAGGAGCUAAAGCAGCUGUUGUUGCUAGUAUUGCCACUGCCAUUCCAACACUGGCUAGUGUGAGGAUGCUGCCUUGGGCAAGAGCCAAUCUCAAUCACACUGCUCAAGCUCUCAUAAUCUCCACAGUGGCGGGAGCAGCAUAUUUCAUAGUUGCUGACAAGACCGUUUUAGCAACAGCUAGGAGGAAUUCUUUCAAGAAAUUAUCUAACGAUGAAGUAUAAAUUCCAAUCACGAAUGUGGCUUGCAAUUAAUGUACUACCUCGUUUGAUAAAUGAGAAGCCAAUUAUCAUGUAAACCCAUCUUCAGAAUAAAUAUAUAAAGAUGGGCGUCCCAUCAGCUAUAUUAAUGCAAA